AUGAAAGAAAAAAAAAGUAUGCAAAGACGCCACUACAAAUCCAGCAUACGGCAAACAGGGAAAAGUGGCGCAUCAAUUAAAGGAGCAACAUUUGGCAAUCAACACCACCACUGUAAUGAUACUACUAAUAACAAUUUUACAUCACCAUCAAUAACAACUACAACGUUACAACAUCAUAGUAAACCAAUAGUGAUUCGCAAGUCACAAAAUACUGAAUGGAGUUGCCAUCACCAACAAAGCCAACAAUUAAUGCUCUCUCCUUCCAAUGCUGAUGAUUCGGAAGAUAGUACGAGUCUCAUGGAAGAGGAAGAGGAUCCUUCAUCAGUGCUCGAAUGUACAGCCACUUCAACAUCUUCAAUAACAACAACAACAUCGAUAACCUCUUCAAUACUUUCAUCACAAGUUGUCUCUUCUUGCAGCACUACAAUUAACCCAUUCGCAUCAUUUGCUCUUCUUCCUCCGAUUAAAACUACUACUACUACUACUACCGAUAAACCCCAACCACUCAACAUUCUUGCAUUCAAUCCAAUCCUUAAUUCAAUUCACGACGAACAUGAAUUGUUAAAGACCUUUAAGAAAGCUCAAUCUUCACCACAAUCACUCAUAUCAACUAUUUUCAAUUCAUUCAUAAUGGAAACUCUAUCCGAAUAUCCAACUGAUGGAACUUUUGAUUUUGGGUGGACGAAUCCAAAUACUACUGUACCGAAUUCUCCUGUUGCUUCUCCUUCCACUUCCCCUCUCGAGUUGGCUAGUCCAUCCAACAACAAUAAUAGCUUACUGAGAUUUGCCUUGACUAGCAAUUUACCUUCUGCCAUGCAAUCGGAUGAAACCAAUCCAAAACCACUCUCCACCAAACUUGUACAAACACUUGUGAGACACCAAGAAGAAGCAAACUCUGGUCCAUUCCCAAUACUGGACCCAAAUGCUGUGCCUGACGAACCAUUCUUCACCUCAUUCGAAACUAUGAAUGAUUUGUUGAAGGAACAUGAACGAGGUGAUUUGGAAUCAUUCCUCCUUGCCUUACCACCUGUGAAGAAGUGUUUAUGUGAUAGAAAGGCCCUCCACUGUUGUGUCUGUGGCCACGUAGGUUAUGGGACAGCAAAAGAUUUGUAUCUGCCCAACUUGUCUACUGGUAUAACUCAAUCGAGACGCCUCUUGCUACCAUCUCUCAGUUCCACACUGAAAGGUAAAAAGCUGAUAGCCGAAAAGAAGAAAGACCUCAUGAUGGACGUGUACAGAAAAUCCCAAUCAUCCAUGAUGAAUGCAAGAUUCCCAAUUUUCCUCUCCAUUUCCCAUCCUGGCCACCUCCAACCUCCUUCAACGCCAGCUCCAAAACUCACCAUCCCAGGAACUUUUUGUUGUGGCAUGACCUAUGAGAUUUUUGUAAAGGUUUUUAUUGCAAAACAUUCACAAUACAAGCAAUUCUCCUCCAUUGAACAAAUGAUGGAUAUUAAGAGAGAUUGGUUCUGUGAGAAGGAAGACGAAGAUGAUGAAACCUACAAACAAGGUUGUUACAAGGCACUCAUGACACGAAAUUUGGGAAUACAUGUCGAGUCAAUUAGUGAUGCUAUAAAGGGUGAUUUCAUUCAGUUCUGGAGGCAUAACGGUACAGGUCAUAGUGUUAUUUUCAAUAGCUUGAGUGAGGAUGGUACUGAAUUCGAGUAUUGGUCCUCACAACGAUCAACCAAAGGGCUGGGCUUCAACAAGGAAAAUGUCUCUUCCAUAACAAACUUUUACAUUGUAAGAUUAAAAGAUGAACCAGCUGUUUAA